UCAGCCACCACCAUCAAGUAUUCAAAAUGGCGAAGCUUUGCACUGCAAGCGUUAGCCAUGGUCGAUGCCAUCCGGUCGUGUCGUGCCGACCUCGCAUGAAUUCGCGAUCAAGCAAACGCGCCGACUAGUAAAGCUUAGCCGGCGGCUCCGCUGCUCACUGUGCUGCUGCUCCGUGUCCGCGUGCGUGCAGCUGCAGUGCUCCCUACUCUGUUCUUGAUAAGACGAUCACGACACCACGUUGCGCCCUAAAGCAGCAGCCCCUAGCUAGUCGCCGAGUCAGUCUCUCACAUCCACGCCGCGACGGGAGUGGAUUCGACUCAUCAUCAUCAUCUUCUUCUUCGUCUUCCUCCUGCCGCUUCUUCCACUUCUCGGCUCUGGUUCGCGAGAUCGUCGUGCCCGUUGCGGCUUCUUUAGGCCGCGAUGCACCAGAUUGGGAGCGGCAUGUACGUGUCCGGCCCCGCGCCGGACAGGAAGCGCGGGCGGCGGCUGUCGGCCGCCACGCCGCCGUACACGGGCGGGGACGUGGCGCGCUCGGGGGAGCUCGGCCGGAUGUUCGACAUCGCCGCCGCGUCGCAGUCGCAGGUGCCGUCGCCAGCCUCCUCCUCGCGCCGCAGCUCGGGCCCGCUGCACCGGCCCUCGCCGUCGCCGGCGUCGGGACCGCUGUCGCAGCUCUCGCACCCGCCGGGGCUCCUCGUCGGGCCGUCCCCGUCCCCCGCGCCGUCGCCGUCGUCGUCGUCGAGGAAGGGGAGUAGCAGCAGCAGGAGCAGGCGCGCCGGCGCCGGGAAGGAGGCGGCGGGGACGGCCGUGGCGCUGGCGCCGGCGAGCGGGAGGCUGAGGCUCGGGGUCCCGUUCGCGUGCUACGUGCUGGUGGCCGUGGCGGCCGCGGCCGCCCUCGGCGCCGGGGCCUACUGCCUCGUGUCGUGGCGCCGCUGGGAGGUCCUCGCCGCGGCGGGCGGCGCCGUGGCCGCCGUCGCGGCGGUGUUCGCGUCGAACGCGUGGCGGACGGCGGCCGAGGCGGAGAGGUUCUUCCGCAGGUUCCCCGACACGGUGUUCGACGACCACGGCGGCGACAUGCCCGUCGGCGAGCUCGUCAAGAUCACCGGGCAAGUUACCUGCGGUGGUCAGCCGCUGGGCGCCAAUUUCCACGACGCCGCCCGGUGCGUGUUCACCUCCGUUCAGCUGCACGAGCGCCGUCGGUGGGGCUGGUGCUGCUGCUGCCGCCGCCGGUGGCAACUGAGACACUCCGAGGCACGGGUGACGAACUUCUACAUAUCUGACAGAAACUCCGGGAAGAGAUUCUACGUGCGUGCCGGCGAAGGCGACGUGAUCACUCCGAUGAUCAGAUACAAAACCACCAGUUUUGAUGGCAGCAAGAAGGGCGCCUCACAAAACUUGAAGAACUGGAUGGCAACCAACGAGUUGUCUUACAACGGAGAUUUGCGUGUUAAGGAAGGGUUAAUCAGAGAAGGGGACACAGCAAGUGUGAUAGGAAUCCUGAAGAAGCACCAUGCCUGUGACAUCGUCGAUGCACCAGCGGGCGUGGUCACCACCGGUUGCCAGCUGAUCCGGUGCAUGUUCCCUGUCUUCAUUGAGGGGCUCAUACUGAUCGGGGAUGAAGACCCUGACGAGGCUGUAUAUAUGGUCUGAACUAUAUAUAUAGAUACAUAAAUACAUACACUAAUGUAGAAUACACGCCCUGUCUAUCGCGGAAGAGGAGUUUUAGUAUCUUCCAUUAAGGGUUUCUGAUAAAAAAGGAUUUACUACUUACGUAGUUGAUGGAAACAGAAUGAUGUAAAUUAAAGUGGUAUUUGUAGCUUGUCAGUAGCAUAGCUGUGCUGUUUUUUUGGUUUCUUUUGAAGAGGACUACUCAUUUGUUUGUUGGCUAAGGUUUGAUGUUAAUGUGCCACGCUUCUUUUGAAGUUUGGCCUUCUCAGUUCCUUUUUUGUCAUUCUUGCAAUAACAGAAAGGGAUUUGGUCCAAAUUUCCAUAUGGGUCCUAUUGUUUAAACGAGGUUUCUCAUCAUACGAAAGUAACUAGCAAGGUAGCCUGCUGUAAAAUUUGUUUUUAUAUAACAUUUGAUUUUAUCUUA